AUGGCGCUACUGCUGCAACUUGUGCUGGGGACUGUCGCCCUAGGUCAGCAAGUCUACAUUCCCGCAGAGGGUCCAACGACUCGGUCGCAAUGCUCUACCCCAACUUCGACUCAACCUGCGUACUCUCAUACGUCUUUUAGCUACACACUUACCGAGACUGUGAGGUAUGCUACUUCAGUAGCUUCACCCACGACCACAUCAACCUAUGCUCCGCCACCAGCGUCUGUAACCUCUCUGAUUUCCUCACUCUCAUACACCACCUGGGGGAGAUGGGAUCCCAAUGCCACAGCUUCCGCAAAUGACACCGACAACCCAUAUGGCGAGGCUGCAUGGACAGCUCUGUGGGAACUCGCCAACCCUCCCAACUUCACAGAGACGAGCGUCUACAGCGCGACCGUUUCCCCAACUGCCAUCCCCAGCAGUGAACUGGUCCUUCCACCAAGAGACUACUUUGGCCCAACGGAUUGUUACAACUUUCCGGAGGGCUUCGCCUUUGGUGUUGCGAGCUCGGCAUCCCAGAUUGAAGGCGCCACGGCACAAGAGGGCAAAUCACCCUCACUGAUGGACAUUCUCGUGCAAGACGACCGGGCAAAAGACUACGUCACUAACGAGCACUACUACUAUUACAAGCAGGACAUCGAACGAGUCGCCGCUAUGGGUGUCAAAUACUUCUCCUUCAGCAUAGCGUGGACUCGCAUUCUGCCGUUUGCCUUGCCUGGCACCCCGGUCAAUCAGCAAGGCAUCGACCACUAUAACGAUGUUAUCAACUUCAUCCUGGAGAAGGGCAUGGUUCCCGAAGUCACCUUGCUUCACUUCGACACACCGUUGCAGUUCUAUGGCGACAAUCAAAGCACGGCUGCCGAUCCUCCAGAGAUCGGCUAUGUCAAUGGCGCAUAUCAAAACGAAUCCUUCCCGGACGCCUUUGUCAACUAUGCUAAGGUUGCCAUGACCCACUUUGCCGACCGUGUACCUGUGUGGUAUACCUUCAACGAGCCGCUGCUCUACUCAUACAACGGCGUGUCUAUCGAUCACGUUAUCAAGUCUCACGCCCGAGUCUACCACUUCUACAAAGAGGAGUUGGGUGGCACGGGAAAGCUGGCAUUGAAGUUCAACAAUAACUUCGGCGUCCCCCGAGACCCAACCAGCGAAGCCGACAUCACCGCCGCCGACCACUUCAACUCCUUCCAGCUCGGCCCCUUCUGCAACCCCAUCUACCUCGGCCUCGACUACCCGGACUCGUUCAAGUCCACCAUCUCCGACUACGUGCCCCUCAACGCGACCGACCUUGCCUACCUCAACGGCACCGCCGACUUCCUCGGCAUUGACCCCUACACCGCCACGGUCAUCGCCCCUCCCACUCCGGACUCCAUCGACUCCAUCGCUUCGUGCGCCGCCAACGCCUCCUCGCCCUUCCGCCCCUACUGCGUCAACCAAACCACCCUGACCACCACAGGCUGGAACGUCGGCUACCGCAGCCAAUCCUACGUCUACCUCACCCCAACCUACCUGCGCCUCUACCUCAACUACCUCUACAACACCUUUUUGACCCCCAUCGUCAUCACCGAAUUCGGCUUCCCCGUCUUUGCGGAAGCCACCAAGGACCUGCCAGACCAGCUCUUCGACACGCCGCGCUCCCUCUACUACCUCAGCUUCAUGAGCGAGGUCCUCAAGUCCAUCUGGGAGGACGGCGUCGACGUCCAGGGCGCGUUCGCGUGGAGUUUCGCCGACAACUGGGAGUUUGGCGACUAUGACGCGCAUUUUGGGAUUCAGACCGUGAAUCGCACCACGCAAGAGAGGGGGUAUAAGAAGAGUUUUUUCGAUUUUGUGGAUUUCAUGCGCGCCAGGGGGGUGGAGUGA